AAACCCUAAACCCUCACCAUUCUGCCUCUGGACUUAUACAAACUCCGCCCGUCUUCCAUCUCUCUUCUCGUCGCCGCCGUCGCCGCCGCUCCCAGGCCCGAUUUAGUCCAAACCGGUUCGGUCCGCCUCCACUAUUCGGUUCUGGGAUCGACCCGAUUUCCACUCGCAUUCAAUUUUGUACUUUAGGGUUACCCAAUACUCGUAUUUGAUUUUGGAGGUCGCGGGAGUUCUUCACCAGCAAGCUUCUGAAACUUCCGCUUUCACAAUUCUUCUUGCAACCGAUGGCUCGUAUUGGAAACACGAAGAAAAGGUUUGUGAAGCCGAUUACAGUGAAGAAACAAUCUAAUGUAGAUCAUGUUACUGGGGAGAAAAUCCCGAAGAGCUUUGUUUUUUCCAGAGGGAAGCUGCCUGGUCCGCUUAAGCAACUGCAAAUGGAUUUGAGAAAGUUGAUGCUUCCCUACACUGCUCUCAAUCUGAAGGAGAAAAGACGGAAUAAUCUUAAAGACUAUUUGAAUGUUGCUGGGCCUAUGGGUGUUACACACUUUCUCAUACUCUCCAAAACUGAGAGUGCACCAUAUUUGCGAGUUGCUAGGACUCCUCAGGGGCCAACUCUUACCUUUAAAAUACUUGAGUAUUCGCUUGCAGUGGACAUUGCUCAAUCGCAAUUGCGCCCAAGAUGUCCAAAAGACCUUUUCAAGAAUCCGCCUUUGAUUGUUCUUUCUGGUUUUGGGAGUGGAGAUCAGCAUCUGAAGCUCACUACUAUAAUGUUCCAGAACAUCUUUCCAGCUAUUGAUAUAAAUACAGUUAAACUUUCAUCAUGCCAGAGAAUUGUGUUGCUUAAUUAUAACAAAGACACCAAGCUCAUUGAUUUCCGACAUUAUUCAAUUAGAUUACAACCUGUUGGUGUAACCCGAAGACUUAGAAAGUUUGUUCAGAAUCAUCAAGUUCCUGAUCUAAGGAGUCUUCAAGACGUGAGCGACUUUGUCACAAAGGCUGGCUACGGGUCAGAAAGUGAAGCUGAUGACGAAGCAGCACAUGUCACUCUGGCCAGUGAUCUAGGUAGAAUCAAUCAAGCUUCUACUAAGAGUGCUGUCAAGCUUCAAGAGAUAGGACCUAGGAUGACACUUCAGCUUAUUAAAGUUGAGGAGGGAUUAUGUUCUGGUGGGGUUAUCUUCAGUGAAUAUGGUGGUGAGAGAAAGCAAGAUGGUAAGGGUGACCAGAAAAAGGAUCAGGAAGACACGAACAGUGGUAGCGAGAAUGAGGAUGAGGAUGAUAAAGAAGGCCAGGAAGUCGAUGAAGAUGAUUAGCCAUUGGCUUCAUUCAGAUCUGAAUUCGUAAUAAUCUCGGUUGGCGAAGUAGGAACGAAAGCCCAAUUCAGUGAGGGAUGAAGCGGAUAGCUACACUCUUGGCAUCAAUGAAGCGGGGCUGAGGAAGGUACCUAACUAUCUGCAUCUUUUGUUUAAAGGUUAAGAGAUGUGCAUAAGGAGUUUGGGGUUACGAUAACAUAUCCAGUUUUGCUUGUUCUUUAAUCUGUUGAGAGGGAGGGAGGGGAGAGACGUAGUUUUAGCAGAAACUUAGAUUGUUUUUUGUUUGAUAAGAAAGAUUCAGAAAUUAUGGACGGGGUAUUUUCUUCUUACUAAUGGUAUCUAUAUGGUCAUACUUAGCCGGAUGCAAAAUUUUCGUCCAUCUACUGUAUGUAUAAAUUAAUUCCACCUGUACUGUUCUUAUGAUU